UUCAAAUUUAUUUUUUCCAAGGGACGAAAUUGGAAUUACAUGGUUUGAACAAAAAUACAGAGUCAAUUAAAGGAGAAGUGUUUCAUUUAUUUGUACCCAUUGACGACGAAAUUGGAAUUACAUGGUAGUCUUUAAAAUUCAAAAGCUACCACCUACCCAUUGACGACGUAGCAAAGCUAACAAAGCGCGUAGGACCCCAAAAACUUACCUAAACUAACUCAAUCCCCACUCCCUUUAUUACCAUUUACUGCGCACAAUCCAUCCCAGCUUUCUGUUCACCAAACCCCCACAACUAGAGUAAAGACUACAAUCUCUUCCUCCUUCCCCUCCUCUGUAUGCUCUGGCAGAAAAAGAAAGAAUCUUCAACCGAUCCAUGGCAGAGACCAAUUCCGGAGAUCCCCAGACUCAAUACUCGCCGUGUAACUCUUCACUGUUUCUUGUGAGAGUGAUGAGCAAGAGAAGGACAUGGGUUUGCCUCUUUCUCUUCGUCUACACGCUCCUCCUCUCAAUUUCAUGGAAUUUCCUCAAUUCUGUUCUGUCUUGGUACGAAUCCGCCAUGGCUGCCACCUCUUCCUCCUCCGCCUCCUCGGGGUGGCCGGCGCUGUACGCGUCCGUCCUCUUAGGCGUCGCUUUCGGGGUUCUGUCCAUGGUGGCGGCGCUGGCCGUGGUGGUGCCGGCCACCCUGGUCACGUGGAUUACCAUUCUGGUUUUGCUGGCUUUUUGUGGGAAGCCGAGGAGAGCUCUGGUUAUGGAGGGGAAGCAGCUGACCGCCGACAUCACCCGGUUUGUGGUCAAGGUCCUGGUUAAGGAAGGCAACAUCGUCGCCGCCCUAUGCGCCGUCGUUGGCUACUUUGCGCUUGUCCGGCGGAGCAGAGACGUCGGCGGCGCUGAUUAUUAACUACCGACAGUGACCCAAAUCUGAGGGAGGGAUCAAUGAGAGAAUUUUCGAAGUUUUUCCGGGGCAGUUUGGGGAUUUCUCAAUUUGGUCCCAGCGAUCUGUAGCUUCUACGAAAUUGCAGCUUCGUUCGGAAGAAAAGCAUCACGUUUUCCUAGAAUAUUUAUGUAGUUUUUCUUCAUCCCACUUGUUUAGAGUUGUAGACAGCUAACUUGUAGUAUUUCUCAUCUCACGUUAUACAUUUCUGCUUGUAAUAAUUCUUGGAUCCUUUUGUGCCUAUAUAUUUAUUAUUUGUUCAUUGUUUCAUUCUUUGGAAAUGUUCUUUCUAUUUAGUAUUUACUCCGC